AUGCUCAAACAUGUAUUCUCUAAUCCAUCGACUCUGAAAUUCAUUGUAGAGGCAACAAAAGGUCUAAUUCUUGCACUAGUCGUUUAUUUCGUCCAGCAGCACUUUUUCAAGUCCAAGAAUCAGAAACGUCUACCGCCAGGACCUGUCGGAAUACCGAUUUUGGGUAAUCUUCUCCAAAUUGGACUAGAACCAUUCAAGACGUUCGACAAAUGGGGUAAAAAAUACGGCCCCAUAUUCACAGUGAAAUUAGGCGCUAGAAACUGUCUCAUUCUCAACUCUCGCGAGGUUAUCAAUGACAUAUACGUCAAACGAGGAAGCAACUUUUCUAAUCGCUUACAUAUGUCAUUGUUAUCUGACAUUUUUAUGCAUGGAGGAAGAGGCAUUACAGUCACUCCAUAUGGUGAAAGAUGGAAAAGAGAUAGAAAAGUAGCACACAGCGCCUUGGGCCCAAAAGCAGUCAAGAAUUAUCAACCUGCUGUCAUUCAUGAGAUUAGGGUAGCACUCAAAGAGUUGUACAAAAAGAGUAACAAGAAUUUUGAUGCCGCGCCUGUUAUGAGGAGAUUUACAAUCUCUAGUGUUAUGACGAUACUUUAUGGGAAAAAAAUCAAGGGAAUUGACGACCCAUGGCUCAUAGAUACGCUCAACUUUGCCGAAGAUAUUGCCGAAUUCUCCCAACCAACAUCUCAUAUUGCCGACUUUUUGCCAUUCAUGAAAAUAUUUGACUGCAUCUACAAUCCCGCUCUCAAAAAAUGUUACAAACUAUCGGCUACCAUGGAAAGACUAUUCGCUGGAACGUAUCGAGAAUUUCUCGAAGACUAUCAUGCGGGCAAACACAUCGACCCAUGCUUUGCUCUUGAAAUUCAAGAAGACCUCAAAAAGGAAGAGAACAACCUUGAUUUCGAGGAUGUGUGGAUAAUUCUCGCCAACUUACUCGGUGGAGCUUUUCAGACAGGAGGAGAUACACUUUUAUGGAUUCAAGGCUUGCUCACAAACAAUCCGGAUGUCCAAGCCAGACUCCAUAAAGAGUUGGAUGAAGUAUGUGGAGACAAUCCACCUACGUUUGAAGAUCAACCCAAUCUUCCUUAUGUAUCUGCUGUCAUCAACGAGGGUUUGCGCAUGCGGCCACCGAAUCCCAUGGGCAUUCCUCAUACUUCGAUGGAAGACGAUGAAUAUAAUGGAUAUUUUAUUCCCAAGGAUACACCAACGUUUAUGAACAUGAAGGCCGUACAUUUUGAUCCUGUCAGGUAUCCUGAACCCGAGAAAUUUUACCCAGAGCGAUGGUUGCCGAAAAUAGCUAAAACCCAUAGGCGCAACGACUCGGGAGCAGAAGUCGAACAGGGAAUAGACCACAUUGCAUUCGGCGCUGGUCGUAGGUAUUGUAUUGGACAGUACAUGGCCCAGGCUCUUCUCUAUGCUGGUAUUUCUAAUAUUUUGUGGGCAUUUGAAAUCAAGCCCAUCAUCGAUGCCAACGGUAAACCUGUUCCUGUUGACAUUGAUAGAGGAAUUGUGGGAUUGGGCUAUUCGCCUUAUCCUUACGAAGUAAGAUAUAUUCCGCGCAAAAAUCUUGCCGAAAUUCUCAAAGAUUACUGA